AAUUUGAUUGGUUCUAUUCUUGAGAAACAUCGAAUGAGGUGUGGGUUUACAAAAUGAUCUUUCUAAGGGAGACAAUUCUCCAACCACAACAUGUCAGCAGAGCAGACUGAAGACCUGAAGGCAUUCGAGAGAAGGUUAACAGAAGUUAUAGACAAGCUGCAGCCAACAGCAAGACUAUGGAGAAUGGUACUCAUAGUGAUCUCGGUUUGUACAGCUGUUGGCGCAUGGACCUGGCUGUGGGACUCACAAACUAAGCAGAUAUCACUACCACAGUCCCUUUUAAAUCACCCGUUCUUCACCAUUAGCUGUAUUCUCCUAGUCCUCCUUUUCCUGUUUGGAAUCCAUAAAAGAGUUGUAGCACCAUCAAUUGUUGCAUCCAGAUGUCGACAGGUGUUAACAGAUUUCAACAUGUCCUGUGAUGAUACUGGAAAACUUAUUCUAAAACCAAGACAUAUAUAGCAUGAAAUUCAGAAAACAACACAAUUCUAGUGGACGUGUCUCCUUCAUAGAACUGUGCCAUUUCCUGUACAGCUCACCCUUACAUUCUGAUAUUCCUUAGUGCUUUGAUCAGGGAUGGAGAAGCAAUUUGUAUAGUGUUUUUGUGACUUUUUACAAGCACUACACACAAUCAGGACAUGACUUAAAUCUGAACUGUUACCUUGUUCUUACAUGUUAACAUAUACAGCUAUGAAGUUUCAUAUAUUACGUGUUUUACCUACCUACAUGUAGUUGUUCGAAAGAGCAUUUGUUGUGUAUUUCAUAAUGAAAUAAAAUGAUGACGUUGUUUUAAACAGCC